GGUAAAAAAUCUAAAGUGGAGGGAAAAGCAAACAGACAGGAACUAAAUCAACAAGACACACAAGGAGAAGAGCACGCUUCAAAAUAAAACAGGAAAUAAAAGCCCAAAACCAUGACACUCCUCUUCCUAAACCUUUUUAAACCUAUCCCUGUUGGGUUUGCACAAAAUGAAAAGCCUAUUUUCAGGACAGCCAGUGAUCAGUUACUGCAUCACUACUAGAUUACCAGGAAGUUAACCUGGUAAUCUAAUUCACAGCGUAAAUAAAAGUGUCAAAUUUAUUAGAGCUCAACAGCUAAUUUGCCAUUUACACAGUAUUACUGUUCAACAGCUGCAUUGAAUGAAGAUUAGAACCUGGAUUAACCCGCAGGAAAAUCUUGUCAAUCCCAGUCAACAACAAACUAGUGUAUUGUAAUUAAAUGUAGAGCUAUUCCUAAAGAGGUGAUCCACAGUGUGCAAGCCUUGCCAUGUUUGGUAUUGGAAAAGUGCUAUGAAAAAGUUUGCAAAAGAAAUGUGACUGAUGUGUCAUCGCAUAGUGGAAGACAAAAGCACAAAGAACAUCUUGUAAUGUUUGACUCCCCUUCAGGUAGCAUCUGGAGCAAACAGCAUCAUAAAGACUAGUCACCACCCUCCAUCCCUCCUCCUCUCCUCCCCUUCUCUCGUCUCACUUUAGGCCUUAUCAGCUCCUUUACCCCAUUCAAUUUUCUGGCAGUCUCCAGGAGUGAAAUCAAUAAGCAUCUCGGAUCUAGAUCACCUUUUUCAGCCAAUAUGGAUAUUAAUGCUGACACUCACUUACUCCACUUCAGAAACUUCACUUAUUUUUCCUUCUUCUCUGAGCUGAAUCACUCAGAUCGUGCAGCCACCACUAUUGUCGAGACCCUGGCUAUCACCACUGUCUUCCUGGUCUCCGUGGCAGCAAAUGCGGGAGCUGCAGCCCUGGUAACCUGGGAACGCAGACUGCUGGCCAACAAAACCAUCCUGACCCUCAACUUGUUUGUGGCCGACCUACUGUUUGUCAGCAUGAUCCCACUGAUUGCAGCAGUGCGGUGGACUGUGUCCUGGAAGCUGGGGUUUACAGCCUGUCACACUGUGCUGUAUGUCAUCUGUAUGAGCGGCUGUGUCACUAUCACUACCCUGGCCUCCAUCAGUGUGGAGAGGGUCCAGGCCAUCCUUCGGCUGCAGACUGUGCCCACUUUAAACCCCAGGAUGGUGACUGCCACCCUCUUCUUCAUCUGGGCCUUUUCUGCACUCACCUCCAUACCUCUCAGUCUGUUCUUCACUGUGAUGGAAGUGGAUAUCCCUGAGCAGGAACGUGUACACAUUUGUACUCUCAAGUGGCCUGACACAACUGGAGAGAUUGUGUGGAACGUAGCCUUCACUGCCCUGUGCUUCCUUCUCCCAGGAUUAAUAAUUGUGGUCAGUUACAGCAAAAUAUUACAGAUAGCUAAACAUUGUAGGCGAAGGCUCCGAACCCGAGACAGCCAGCCCCCAGUUGGAGACCCUCUUGAAUACUAUGUCUCCCGCCAGGAUAUGAAGCUCUUCCGUACUCUUCUGGUCCUCGUGCUCUCUUUCUUAAUCAUGUGGAGCCCUGUAUUCAUCAUCACCUUCCUCAUCCUGGCCAGGAACUUUCUGGGUGACCUAUGCGUCUCCUCUACCAUGUUCUUCUGGGUGGUAACGUUCACACUGGCCAACUCAGCCCUCAAUCCCAUCCUCUACUCACUCUGCCAGUUCAAGAACGGCUGGCGCAGGCUCUGCUGUGGCUCUGUUGUAGCACCGCUGAGAAAAGGACCUUGUGGCAGUGGUCGAAUGCAACGGAUACAGCCAUGAUUAUCAUGAUUGUUUUGUCAAAUAGAGGAUUCAAACUUGCAUAAAGCUAGGUGUUGUCCACACCUGUGGUGAUGUUUGAUAUACAACAUAUACCUCUACCUAUAAGAUACAGUAUUUGAUUGUUCGCUGCACUCCUGAGCUGGUGUAUUACUCUCAAAAGUAAUAAUUCUAGAAAUUCUUUAAUACUUAUUUUAAGAUUGAAACACGUCUGAAAGAGGAAACGCUGCAGAGAUAGUUAAUUUUAUAAUAAAUCUUUACCGUUUUGUGAUUUUCAGUCAUUUCUUUUCAGUCUACAAAAAUGUAUCUGACCUUGAAAUGCCAAAUAAUAAAUGUGUGUUGCAGUAAUACAGCACAACUAUUACAACA